UUUCCCGUCGCCGACUUCAUCUCUGAGUAUUUAGGCAUUCCACUGCAAAAGCCAUACAUGGAGAUGAUGAACGGAACGGGAAAGAAAUUUCCGGCGAACGGAAUCAACUUCGCCAGCGCCGGCAGCGGAAUUCUUCCGUCCACCAAUAAAUUAUCUGGAGUGACAGCAAUCCAAGUCCAAUUGCAUCAAUUCAAAUCACGAGCCCAACAAAAUCAAAUAGACAGAAAAGUCGUAAAAGAUUCCUUGUUCUUGAUAGAAUCAGGAUCGAACGACAUAUUUAGCUACUUCGAUCCAUCUACCUCAACACCUGAUGCCUAUAUGCAAUCCAUGCUCGGACAAAUCCACAACUUCGUCGAUAACAUCGUCCGCCUUGGGGCCGGCCGUGUCGCCUUGUUCGGACUAAGCCCGGUCGGCUGCGUCCCGGCUAGGUCCAAUCUGCCCGAUGCCCCCCUCGGAAAAUGCUACGGCAAGCUGAAUAAAAUGGUCAAGAAAUACAACAUGGGGUUGCAGAAUUUGGUGAAAGAUUUGGCUCGCACACACCCCGGCACCAUCGCUGUUUUUGGACAUGUUUAUGAAACUAUCCAAACCUAUCGAGCACAUCCUACGCAUUAUGGUCAUUUCUUCUGCUCUUUUAAUUUCAAAAUUACCAUUAGACUAAAAAAAAUACUAGUAGUAGUAAAUGAAUUUCCAUGUGGGAGUGGCCCAAAAUUGAAGACCUAGCCUGUAGUUUUGGUGGCCAGAGAAAAAAUGGGCCGUCCCAUCUCGGCCCACUAGUGAGAAUUAUGAUGUUAAUGUGGUAGUUAAUUGAUAAAUUUGAUUGUGUUGAACAGGGUUUGUGGAUGUGGAUAUGGGAAACUAGGAGGACAGGAGCAAGGUGGGCUACAAAUUGUGCAAGAAGAAUCCAAAUGAAUACUACUCCCUCCGUCCCGCACUACUUGCACUUAUUUCCUUUCUGGGCGUCCCAAGUUAUUUGCACUCUUUCCAUUUUUAGUAAAAAUUAUCACCUACAGCCGCAAUUGUUGACUUUGCUAUACACUCAUUCCUUAAUCUCCGUGCCGAAAAGGAAAUGUGCGAGUAGUCCGGGACGGAGGGAAUACUUGUUUUGGGAUUACUUUCAUCCAUUCCAUCGGAACGGACUUAUAAGCUCAUUAGCAAGGCCUUGUGAAUUAGAUUAGGCCCUUCGAUCUCAACCGUAUGUUCGUCGUCUAAUUGUUUAGGGUUCAAAUUUCAUUGUAACUUACUGUCUUCUAAACUAUGAGGAUAGUUUAUGUUAUGCCGAAAUGUUAUCGGAGUAUAAAUUAUGGAUUUGG